UCUAAAUAAAAUUAAAUGCAUUCAUUCAAAGAUUUAGACAUCACUGAUACAGAAAAUGAACAAUAAUAAUGUAAUCAACAUCACAAGGAUAUAAUCAAAGCUUGCUUGUCAUGUAAUUUUAUGUAUCAAAUAAAAAGCUGGUUGUGAUCAAUUGAAAUUGUGUCAGUCAUGUCUGUCGAGCCACAAUUCUUCCCACAGAGAAAUUACCGUUUAUUAGUUGUUUAAAGAAGUCCAAGGCAACAUUAAGACUACAUUUAGAGUUGAGAAAUCAAAGGAUAAGUUCGACAUUGUGUUCAAAAAUAUUUAAGAGAUGAGAUAGCAAGUUCAUCAAAUUUUUAAUUAAUUAGAACAAGAUAUUAAGUAAUAUUUGAUCGAAAAAAUUAAUAUUGAUGAACUCAACUAAAAUUACCAAACUUUAAGAAAUAUUAAUGAGAACAAUUACAUUCAACACAUCCCAUUACUCAAACUCUACUAUCUCAAUCCAAACUACUUUUAUGAUGGAUGGAUAUAAUUGUCUAUUGUGGAGGAUACCAUAUUGACCAAAUUGCUGAUACUCAAUGAAAAACUCAAAUUGUAAGUUGACAAACUGAGAAAUGAUGCUGAACAACUUUUUGAGAUCAAAACUAGAAAGGUUAGUGAACAUCAAUAGGAAGAUUUAGUUUAGCUAUUGACUAACAUUAAUGGGCAUGAAAAUGUGGUAAGGUGUGUGAUCAAACUCCAUAAUGGAGAUUAUGCAACGGCAUCAAGGGAUAAAACUAUAAAGAUUUGGAAUUAGAACACUUUUUAAUGCAUACAAACAUUGAGGGAUCACAUUAAUUGGGUCUAAGAUCUCACACUCAUUCCUAAUAAUAAAUUUGCUAGUUGCUCGGAUGAUAAGACUAUUAAGAUCUAUACUCAAUUCCCCUAAGGUCAAUCAAACAAUAGACCUUAAUCCGUACUUUGGGAAUGCGUCAACACUCUAAGAGGACACGAAUCCUAUGUAGUUAGAAUUGUAUAUAAUGAUUAAUUCAAUUAUCUUAUCACUUGUUCUACCGAUGGAACUUUGCGGUUAUGGGAUCCAUCACAAAAGAAUGCUCUAACAGUAUUAUAAGGACAUGAAAAUUGUGUAUAUACUUUAGCCACCAAAGGGAACUUAAUUGUUUCAGGAGAUGAAGGUGGCUAAUUGAUAAAAUGGUCAUUGGUGCACAUGAAAAUUGAAAGCAAACAAAAGUAACAUUCAGGAUGUGUCAAUUCUAUCUUGAUUAAUGCUUAAAUUUAUUCUUGCGGAGAUGAUCGCAAAGUGAACGUCUGGGAUACCGAUCUUUAACUUAAGCAUGUUAUUGUAAAAAUUUAUAGUUAUAACACUUAGCAAUUGGAAAGGGCAGAAUUGGAGUCAUUAUUAUUUUUUAAUAAUAACCUAAUUGUGGGUGGAGACGAAUAAGGGUAUCUGCAAUUCAUUGAUCCUAAAUAAGGAAAAGUGAUUUCUGAGAUCCCUGUUCAUAAUGAUCGCAUAUACAAAAUUAUGUAUUACGAUGGAAUCCUAUGCACAGCCAGUUCAGAUUUGUCUGUCAAGUUAUUCAAGUUUAAUAUUUGAGUUAUAUAUCCAC